UUGUCCAAAGCACUGGCAGACAUGGACAUGGCAGACUACAGCGAGGCUCUGGACCCAGCCUAUACCACGCUGGAGUUCGAAAACAUGCAAGUGCUCCCCUUGGGCGCAGACUCCUCGCCAGCUGAGAGCGCCAACAUGAACGCUACCGGCCACCUGGGGGUGGGCAGCCUGUGUGCCAUAUGUGGAGACAGAGCCACUGGCAAACACUACGGGGCCUCCAGCUGUGACGGCUGCAAGGGCUUCUUCAGACGCAGCGUCCGCAAAAACCACAUGUACUCGUGCAGGUUCAACAGACAAUGCAUUGUGGACAAAGACAAGCGAAAUCAAUGCAGAUACUGCAGACUGAAGAAAUGCUUCAGAGCCGGCAUGAAGAAAGAAGCUGUGCAGAAUGAAAGAGACAGAAUCAGCACCAGGAGAUCCAGCUACGAAGACAGCAGUUUACCAUCCAUCAAUGCACUCAUCCAGGCAGACGUACUGUCAAGACAGAUCACCUCCCCGGCUCCGAUACUGAACGGCGACAUAAGAACCAAGAAGAUCGCCGCCAUCACAGACGUGUGUGAGUCGAUGAAACAGCAGCUGUUGGUCUUGGUGGAGUGGGCCAAGUACAUCCCAGCCUUCUGUGACCUGCCCCUGGAUGACCAGGUGGCGUUGCUGAGAGCUCACGCUGGGGAACACCUCUUGCUCGGCGCUGCAAAGAGGUCCAUGCUUUACAAAGACAUCCUCCUGUUAGGAAAUGACCACAUCAUUCCCAGAAACUGCCCGGAGCUGGAGGUGGGCAGGGUGGCAUUGAGAAUCCUGGAUGAGCUGGUGCUUCCCUUCCAGGAGCUUCAGAUAGACGACAAUGAAUACGCCUGCUUGAAAGCCAUAGUUUUCUUUGACCCAGAUGCCAAAGGUUUGAGUGACCCUGGAAAGAUCAAGAGGAUGCGAUACCAAGUCCAGGUCAGCCUGGAAGACUACAUCAACGAUAGGCAGUACGACUCCCGGGGUCGCUUCGGAGAGCUGCUCCUGCUGCUGCCCACGCUACAGAGCAUCACAUGGCAAAUGAUCGAACAGAUCCAGUUUGUCAAACUCUUUGGCAUGGCCAAGAUCGACAAUCUGCUGCAAGAAAUGCUUCUUGGAGGUUCUGCAAACGAGGCUCCACACGCACCUCACUCUCUGCACCCUCACCUGGUUCAGGAGCAUCUCAGCAGCAAUGUUAUAGUGACCAGCAACAUCCCAACGGCGAUACAUAACGGUCAAAUCUGUAAGCACAAAAAGAAAAAAGUGAAUUCAGCCACUCCUGAAACCCCAAUCCCCUCUCCACCUACUGCCUCCAGCUCAGAACAUUAUAAACUGCCUCAGGGGGUCAUAGCCACCGUGCCCAAGCAGCCCACAUCCAUCCCUCAGCCUACUAUUACAAAGCAAGAGGCCAUCUAA